AUGCGCCAACAAUCCUUUGGUCAAGGGUCAAAUCACAAUGUUAUAUUAGCACUAGCACCCGCUGAGAAGCAUCUAUACAGCAAUUCCGAUUCAGGGACAAGUGAUAGUUUGAAUAGCAGCAGCAGCUGUAGCUCAAACGUGCCUGAAAAGACUCAUUGGGUAUGUCACAAAGAUGUGCUUAAAUCAACAUCCCAUUACUUUGAUGCAGUCUUCAACAGCCAAUUUCAGGAAGCUGAAGCGUCCAUUGUUUUCUUGCCAAGAGGCAUAUUUACAUCGACAGUGCUGGAUGACGUACUUUACUACAUGUACACAAAAUCAAUAAAAGAAUCGGGUGAUCGGAAUAUGGAGAAGUUGGAGCAGCUCGAAUCAGUCUACCUGGCAGCAGAUUAUCUUGGAAUAGAAGGCCUUUGCUCCGCCAUCAAAGAUCAUAUUAUCCAAUUGACACAUGGUCUAGUAUGUUACUGUAACAGUUGUACCGAAUUGGUCCCCCAGCUACUCUCCUUUACCGGCUCACAUCAACAAAACGACCCUUAUCUGAACCAAAUCACACAUGCCAUCUUGCGAUUGCUAGAUCAAGAUCCAGAAAAGACACUCCCUAGCUACUGGUCCAGCGACUCGAUGGCUGCUUUGUUUACCGAAACAGAGUCUCUGCAUGACUACUUGGAAUCAAGGUUAUUGAAUCAUGUCAACAGGAAUAAUGCCAUUGAAACACUACAUGGUUGCUUCUUAGCCAAGGAUCGGGUAUCAGCCAAAAACGCCGAUGUAAGAUGUACACUAGAGAAGAUACAAAAAAUGGGAUCAACAUUGCUGGCAGAUCACUUUGACUUUUAUUGCACAAAGUAUCCCAAACUGCUGUCGUGCGUUGAUGGCAUCACCUAUUCUUUCGAAUUCCUGGACUACUUGAUGUCUUGCAUCCUGGAGGAAAUGAACGACAUGAACGCAUGCUCCUUGUACAAGGGUAUUGUCAAAUCGCUCAUGUGCAGAGACACCGUUCAGCGUACACCGCUUGUCAAGGAUAUACUGCAAUCAGCAAAAUCAAAAACAAUAAGAUACAUUGCCAAACACUUGGCUCAAAUAAAGCAACUGGAUACAAUUGACAAGAAUGUGAUAGAACAGCUCGCACAAGACUUGGUUGUACCAGCGAAUACUCUAUUAGUACAGAAUCAUAAACCUGGUAAUUACACUACUACGAAAACACCGCUGCCACCUCCACAAUCACCGCCUGUGUCAUCUAAACAAAGAAAGGGCGCUUCCUGGAAUAUGAAAUUUCGCUCACGACUAUGUACCAUGGUCUUUGGACAAGCCGCACUCCAUUUCAAGGUGGGCCAGCGUGUACAGCUACUGAAUAAACCAGUUUUGACUAUGGGUACCAUCCUAUAUGUGGGAAAAGUGGAAAACAGACCUGGUCAUUUCUUGGGUGUCGAGUUGGACAGAAGUGUUGGUUCCAAUGAUGGCUCUAUUGAUGGUAAGCGUUAUUUCAGCACUUUAACUAAUAGAGGUAUAUUUGUUAAACAAUCUGAAGUUGCGCUUCUUUGA